AUGGCGCACAUGCUGGAUGUGAUCGAGUCGAAGGGGGCCUGUAAAUGGAUGAGCAACGCGUCAGCAGGAAGUGAGGGGUAUCACUGUGGCAUGUUAUUCUUCUGUCCGCAGUGUCAUUGCUGUGAAGAGCAUUGCCCCUGCUUGCUGACCUCUACUGUGUCCUCCGAAACCACAGCUCCUGCUGCUGCUGCUGCUGCAGCCAGUACUUCAGAUUCAUCGUCCGGUUUCGUAGCUUCACUCAACGCAACUCUAAGAGGAAAUACUGCUGCGCCACCUUCUCGGAGAGAACGGCGCUUUAAGAUCAACCCCGUAGCGGCUCAGCGUCGUGGUCCUAACUUGCCCACGAACGAAGGCGAAGAGGCAGUUCCAGCUUCAGCGCACGGACGCAGCAAUGGAGGACUACCUACGUUCGCGCGGCAUGCACAUGGACGUGGUCCGCUUCCUACAUUUGACUACGGCAUUGAAGGCGCCUUCGGUCUUGGUCCUAUGGAUCAACGUGGCCAGUGUCGCACGUGGAGACCGGCGCCGUCCGAUAAGAACGAACAGGAGGACCUGUUCCGUGCAGCCCGUGUGCGCAUGAAGCUCGUGCGCUCGGCAUUCACAAAGAGCACGGGCUUGUCGUCAGGUUCGGGUUGCCUGGACGGCGAGCAGUUGUGGCAGCCAGAGCGGAUCCGGAUGAUGUGGGAACGCCGGGACUUUCACGGUGUAUUGGGACUGCCACGCGACGCCACGACCCAGCAGAUCAAACGUCAGUACCGCAAGCUCGCACUCAAGCUGCACCCGGACAAAGCGUCCGAUACGUCAGCUUCGUUGGAGUCUACGGUCGCUGAAGCUGGCAAGAAUGUCGGAGCAGAGAGCUCGGGUAAACGUGUGGAUGCCUUCGUGGCGGCGACGCACUCGUACAAGAUUCUGCUCGGAGACGUUGACGCUAUGCGUGGACUCGGGUAA